CACACAUACAUCCAAGCGGCGUUGCAUCGCAUCACCUUGAACGCCCCACUCUUUCAAAGAAAAUUAUUUUAGCCCACAAACCCCGAGUCCACUUCAUUUAAAUCAUUCAUCAUCACAGGAUAUUGCUUCGUUUUUUUUUUAAUUUGACUGUUUUUUAUUGUAGAGUUUGAAUCCUCUUUUAUUGGUCCCUAUGGCAACAAAUAAAGUGCACAUUGUAAAAAAAAAAAAAAAAGGGCGAAAUAGUCUGAUGAUAGGAUUGUGUGCACACUGUUAACAGUACGGCGGACGUGGUCGUAUCUGCUGCCACAUUUUCAUUUUCUGUGGAAAGGUGCACGAAAUGGAAAGGAGUACUCCCUUUUUAGCACUAUGCUGAGAUCCUGGGCAGUCUUUCGACCAUGCUGGAACUGGGCUCCUGUUCGGUCAGCUCUCAAUCUCUGACAGGGGACCACAAUGCUUUGGGGCUACCUAGAACCUCGGGAGGGCCUGAGUGUCCAGAUGAUGGUCUGGGUCUUGGCAUGGGGGAGAUGUGUGGUAGCAGUACCCCCAGGCGCCAAAUCCUCCACACGUCCCCGGUGGACUGUGAAAGCUGGCAGAAGCAUCGCGCAGGACUGGUCAGAGGGUCGAGCCUGUUUUCUGGGUCCCACUCCCUCCUGGAGCCUCUGAGUCUCUCGACCAGCUAUGACACCCUCUACCUCCCACACACGUCCGCCCACGCUCCACCUCUACACCAGAACCGCCUCGGCCUCUCUCUUGAUGUGACCUCAUCUUUCGAAGUCGGAGGGGGAAUGCUGGGGGUCGAUGGAGAUUUGGUGGUUAGUCCCAAUGUGAUGAAGAGGCGUAGGGGCGGCCUGAUCGAGCAGAGGGACAUCGUGAAAGCCCACCAGGCUCAUAAGAUACAAAGCACACCACAAGCACGACGCAAGGAGUGGGAAAUGGCCCGAUUUGGAGACGACGUUCCGGGCUUUUUGAGCUCAGGAGAUGGAGGGUCCGAGCGCAACAGGAACCGCGAUGGCGCGGCCGUGUCCACAGGUGGCAUCUCCCCAGCCUUCAAGCAGACCAAAGCGCAGCGUGCCCGCACCAUGGCCUUGUACAACCCUAUCCCGGUCAGGGAGAACUGCUUCACCGUCAACAGGUCCCUCUUCAUCUUCGGCGAGGACAACGUGGUCAGGAAGUACGCCAAGAAAAUCAUUGAGUGGCCUCCGUUUGAGUACAUGAUCCUCGCCACUAUCAUCGCCAACUGUAUCGUCUUGGCUCUGGAGCAGCACCUGCCUGGAGAGGACAAAACACCCAUGUCCAAGAGGCUGGAGAAGACAGAACCCUACUUCAUAGGGAUGUUCUGUUUCGAGGCGGGGAUAAAGAUCAUCGCCCUGGGCUUUGUAUUUCAUAAAGGCUCCUACCUCAGAAACGGCUGGAACGUCAUGGACUUCAUUGUAGUCCUCAGUGGGAUCCUGGCUGCAGCAGGGGCGCACAUGAACAUCUCAGUGGACCUGAGGACUCUGAGGGCAGUGCGAGUGCUCCGACCCCUCAAACUGGUCUCAGGCAUCCCAAGUCUGCAGAUAGUCCUGAAGUCUAUAAUGAAGGCCAUGGUUCCUCUGCUGCAGAUUGGCCUUCUGCUCUUUUUUGCAAUCCUCAUGUUUGCCAUCAUCGGCCUGGAGUUUUACAGCGGCAGACUGCAUAGCACCUGCACACCGGAGCCUGGAAUACUGGAAAACGAGACGGUGGACUCUUCCGAGUUUGAGUUCCCAUGUGGCGUGCGUCAGUGUCCAGCCAAAUACACCUGCAACCAUACUUGGAUUGGCCCUAAUGACGGCAUCACCCAGUUUGACAACAUCCUGUUUGCUGUUCUCACUGUCUUCCAAUGCAUCACCAUGGAGGGAUGGACCACUGUACUCUACAAUACCGACGAUGCCUUGGGCCCCAACUGGAACUGGCUCUACUUCAUCCCUCUCAUCAUCAUUGGCUCCUUCUUUGUCCUGAACCUGGUGCUGGGAGUCCUCUCUGGGGAGUUUGCCAAGGAGAGGGAGAGGGUGGAGAACCGCAGGGCCUUCAUGAAAUUGAGACGCCAACAGCAGAUUGAGAGAGAGCUCAACGGCUACCGGGCCUGGAUCGACAGAGCAGAGGAGGUGAUGCUUGCUGAGGAGAAUAAGAAUCCAGGACCGUCAGCCCUUGAUGUGUUGAAGAGAGCCACCACCAUAAAGAGGAGAGGCAUGGAUGUGGUGCGUCGAGGGCAACCAGGGGAAGAACAAUAUGGUGACAUCUCCUCUGUGGGCAUCCCCAUGGCUAGAGCAAGUAUCAGGAGCGCCAAACGAGGUCCUACAGCAUAUUUCCGCCGCAAAGAGCGUCUCCUGCGUAUCUCCAUCCGCCGUGUUGUGAAGACACACACUUUCUACUGGACAGUUCUGGGCCUGGUGGCUCUCAACACCCUGUGUGUUGCAAUCGUUCACCACAACCAGCCCCUCUGGCUGUCGAAUUUCCUCUACUAUGCAGAGUUCCUGUUCCUCGCUCUGUUCCUGACUGAGAUGUUUCUGAAGAUGUACAGCUUAGGACCACGUCUCUACUUCCACUCCUCUUUCAACUGCUUUGACUGCAGUGUGAUUGUUGGCAGCAUCUUUGAAGUGCUGUGGGGUUUCUUCAGGCCUGGCACUUCUUUUGGCAUCAGUGUCCUGCGAGCUCUCCGUCUGCUGAGGAUCUUCAAGAUCACUAAGUAUUGGGCAUCUCUGAGGAAUCUGGUCGUUUCUCUGAUGAAUUCCAUGAAGUCCAUCAUCUCCCUUAUCUUCCUUCUCUUCCUCUUCAUCGUUGUCUUCGCACUUCUUGGCAUGCAGCUCUUCGGUGGCAGGUUCAUCUUUGAAGACUACACCCCGACAAACUUUGACACCUUUCCUGCAGCCAUCAUGACCGUCUUUCAGAUCCUAACAGGAGAGGACUGGAACGAGGUGAUGUACAACGGUAUUCGCUCUCAAGGAGGAGUGAACUCUGGCAUGUGGUCCUCCAUCUACUUUAUAGUGCUCACACUGUUUGGAAACUACACUCUGCUGAAUGUUUUCUUGGCCAUUGCUGUGGACAACCUUGCCAAUGCACAAGAACUUACUAAGGAUGAAGAGGAAGCAGAGGCAGCGUUCAACCAGAAGCAUGCUCUCCAGAAAGCAAAGGAGGUCGGACCGUUGUCCUCCUUCAUGUCCUCAGAGGGAAGCCGGAGGAGGCGGCCCUACCUGUACAGGAAAAGAGCCAUCCACCGCAGCCGGCCUACCUACUCCUGCUCCCUGGAAGAGGCCCAGGGCAGCAUGAGGGAGUGCCGCCCACUCCCACCACUCAACCCCUCUAACUCUUUCAUGUCCAGGAGGGAGAGAAGUAAAAGGAUGACCAUGUCAGUGUGGGAGCAGAGGACCAGCCAGCUGCGGAAACACCGCCAGAUGUCCAGCCGAGAGAUCCUGUUCAACAACCCCAGCGAGGAGAAGGAUGGGCCUUCUGCUGCAGCUCAGGCCCAGCAUGGGCAUCCGCUGUCACUGCACCGCAAGACCAUGCAGCAAACACCUUCCGGGAGUCUGAAGCGCCUGACAGACCCCCUGUCCUCACCAUCCAAAAGUCAGGCUGUGAAUAUGCCUCUAGAUGCUGCCCUCUCUGGUGACAUUACCAAUCCACCAAUGUCAGUGCUGGUGCCAGAGUCAUUGGAUCCUAUGAAAGUUCCUGUUCCUGAUGCAUCUGUAACCAUGGCAAUACCAGAUCCUCCUGAAGCAGAGCCCGUCACCGAGGGCGGAAAACUGGGUGUUAAUCAGAGUCACAACACCAACAGUGAGCGCAGGAGCCCCAGAUUGAACGGUGAGCGUCAGCACAGGGCAGUGAAGAAGUUCCGACCACCAGAUAAUGGUGACACCCUAACGCCCGACAUGGGAGGUCAUAGUGGGACCAAGGGCAGGAGGUCGCCACAUCACUGUGACCAUCAGACCGGGGACAGAAGUCGGGGGUCAUCUCCCCAGAAUGGAGGCCACUCAGAGAAUCGCUCAGUCAGCAGGGAGAGGAAAAGAAAUCCUGGGAAAGCAGAGAAGAAGGAAGUAGAGAGUGAAAAGAGGGAAGGAGAGGUGUCCAAACCUGAGGAGAGCAGACAAGGUAACUGUAAUGAGGGAGGGGACACUGGCCCACCAGACAAACAUACUGGUGACCAGUGUCCUCAGAAGCAGGAGGAGCCUACGCAGCAAUCAGAGCCGUCUCCACCUGUUGUCUCAGAGAGCAACAAAGAAGACAAGGAGACACAACAGGACCAGGAUAAAUCUCAGCUCAGCCCCAGUGUGAUCAUUGAGGUGCCCAACGAGCAGUCGUCUCUGGAGCUCUCCACAAUCACAGUCAACAGUAAAGACCCUGAAACCUGUAAAUCAGAGAAGGAGGAGGCAGAGGAGACACAGCCUGUCAACACUGUGACUCCAGUCAGUAUGUUCAUCUUCAAACCUGACAAUCCGGUGCGUCGAGUGUGUCACUAUGUGGUGAACCUCAGGUACUUUGAAAUGUCCAUCCUCUUGGUCAUAGCUGCUAGUAGUAUAGCACUCGCUGCAGAGGACCCUGUGGCCACCUCCUCUGACUGGAAUAAGGUUCUACGGUAUUUUGAUUAUGUGUUCACUGGAGUCUUCACAUUUGAAAUGAUUAUAAAGAUGAUUGACCAGGGUCUGAUCCUCCAUGAUGGCUCCUACUUCAGAGACUUGUGGAACAUCCUCGACUUCAUUGUCGUGGUGGGAGCACUGGUGGCCUUUGCCCUCACCAAUGUGAUGGGAAAUAACAAAGGACGGGACAUUAAAACCAUCAAAUCUCUGAGAGUGUUGCGUGUCCUCAGACCCUUGAAGACCAUCAAGAGACUUCCUAAACUCAAGGCGGUGUUCGACUGCGUGGUGACGUCUCUGAAAAACGUCUUCAACAUCUUGAUUGUCUACAAGCUUUUUAUGUUCAUCUUUGCCGUCAUUGCUGUGCAGCUCUUCAAGGGGAAGUUUUUCUACUGUACCGACAGUUCGAAGGACACAGAGAAGGACUGCCAAGGUUAUUACAUUGACUAUGGGAAAGACAAGAAAGAGGUGAAGAGAAGAGACUGGAAGAGGCACGAGUUCCACUACGACAACAUCAUCUGGGCCCUGCUGACUCUCUUCACUGUUUCCACCGGAGAGGGAUGGCCUCAGGUCCUGCAGCACUCAGUAGAUGUGACGGAGGAAGACAGGGGCCCGAGCCACGGCAACAGGAUGGAGAUGUCUAUCUUCUAUGUCAUCUACUUUGUUGUCUUUCCUUUCUUCUUCGUCAACAUCUUUGUGGCUCUCAUCAUCAUCACCUUCCAGGAACAGGGGGAUAAGAUGAUGGAGGAGUGUAGCCUGGAGAAGAAUGAGAGAGCAUGCAUAGACUUUGCCAUCAGUGCCAAGCCCCUAACCCGUUACAUGCCCCAAAACCGGCACACGUUCCAGUACCGUCUGUGGCAUUUUGUGGUGUCGCCAUCUUUUGAGUACACCGUUCUGGCCAUGAUCGCUCUCAACACCAUUGUACUGAUGAUGAAGUAUUACUCUGCCCCGCCGGCGUAUGAAGCCGUACUGAAGCACCUGAACACAGCCUUCACUGUUCUCUUCUCUGUCGAGUGUGUCCUCAAGAUCAUGGCCUUCGGAUUUCUGAACUACUUUCGAGACACAUGGAACAUUUUUGACUUCAUCACUGUCUUGGGCAGCAUCACUGAGAUUGUGGUAGACUUGCAGUCUGUUGAGAAGUUCAACAUGAGUUUCUUGAAGCUGUUCCGAGCAGCUCGUCUGAUCAAGCUGCUGAGACAAGGCUACACCAUCCGGAUCCUUCUAUGGACCUUCGUCCAGUCCUUCAAGGCUUUGCCCUACGUUUGCCUGCUCAUCGCCAUGCUCUUCUUUAUCUACGCCAUCAUUGGCAUGCAGGUGUUUGGGAACAUUAAGCUGAAUGAAGAGACUCACAUUAACCAGCACAACAACUUCAAGACCUUCUCUGGUGCUCUGAUGCUGCUCUUCAGGAGUGCCACAGGGGAGUCAUGGCAGGAGAUCAUGUUGUCGUGUCUGGGGGGACAGCAGUGUGAGACAGACCCCUCGCUUCCUCCAGCAGUACUGCCGACUGACCAUGGGGGGGGCUGUGGCUCUGACUUUGCCUAUUUCUACUUUGUCUCCUUCAUCUUCUUCAGUUCCUUCCUGAUGCUGAACCUGUUUGUGGCUGUGAUCAUGGAUAACUUUGAGUAUCUGACUCGGGACUCGUCCAUCCUGGGUCCCCACCACCUGGAUGAGUUUGUCCGAAUCUGGGGGGAGUAUGAUCGUGCUGCCUGUGGUCGCAUCCAUUACACUGACAUGUAUGAGAUGUUGACCAACAUGUCACCACCUCUAGGACUGGGCAAGAAAUGCCCCUCCAAGGUGGCAUAUAAGAGACUAGUCCUGAUGAACAUGCCUGUGGACGAUGACAUGUCCGUCCACUUCACCUCCACCCUCAUGGCCCUCAUCCGCACGGCCCUGGAGAUCAAGAUAGCCAGAGGAGGAGAAGAUCGAAAUCAGAUGGACCUGGACCUGCAGAAGGAGAUUAGUGUCAUCUGGCCUCAUCUCUCUCAGAAGACACUCGACCUGCUGGUUCCCAUCCACAAAGCCAGUGACAUGACGAUAGGGAAGAUCUAUGCCGCCAUGAUGAUCAUGGACUAUUACAAGCAGAGCAAGGCCAAGAAGCUCCGACAACAACUGGAGGAACAGAAACAUGCUCCUAUGUUCCAGCGUAUGGAUGCCUCCUCUCUGCCUCAAGAGAUCCUAUGCAAUGCCAAAUCCCUGUCAUUCCUCAGGCAUAGUGCCGGAUCUGCUCUCACCAGAGGAGGCUUUGUGGCGCUCAGCCCCAUCUCUCCCCAAGAGAUGUUCCUGCAGCCACUGUCUCGCUCCAGGGAAGAGAAGGAGGAGGACGACGACGACAACUACCAUUCACCCUACCACCCUUACCACAACCCACAUCAUCAUCACCACCAUUUACACACACUGGUGCAAGAUGUAGUGGAGUAUAACCAAUUGAAGCAGCAGGCGAGGCAGGACCCAACAGCGAUGAAAUCACCUCAGCGGACACCAUCUAUCAGAGCAUCCUCUAUGCCAAGACUGGCUGUUGAUCCACAGCCUGGGAUGACAGCAGACAGUAAGCUUAUGAAGCGCUCCUUCUCCACCAUCGGCGACCAGUGUGUCAACAGCCUGUGGCAAGAACAACACUCUCUGGAGAGAAUCAGCCCUGAUGGCACAUACAGGCCUCGCCAGAAGAACUACAGAGGCCCUAGAAUCAACCACAGGGAAACAAGUAGUCACGAGAGAGGGCGGUCCAAGGAACGGCGCCACCUACUGUCUCCAGACGUGUCCCGCUGUAACUCUGAGGAGCGCAGUCGAGACCCAUCAUGCGAGAGGAGACAGUCCCGUUCACCCAGUGAAGGACGUGCACACACCUUACAGAGACAGGUCAACAGAUCAGUCAGCCCCGGCCAUUCAGCUUCAGAGUCUGGUACUCCUCGUAAUCGGCGCCAGCUUCCCCAGACACCCUCUCGCCCACGGCCUUACAUCUCCUACUCACCUCUGGUCUGCCGAGCCCAACCAUCCGCCACACCAGCAACCUCCUCUGAGGGACAGACCCUGGCUCAGGACGGCCCUGGUGGCUCUACAGAGACCUCAUGGAGGGCUAACAAGGAGGGCAGGCCCCUGGCUGCAGGUCAGGGGUCAUCAGGAGGUCAGGUUUCAGGACCAAGCCACCCAUCUCCUCACCGCUACAUCUCAGAGCCUUACCUCGCGUUCCAUGAGGACCUCAGCGGUGGUGAGGCGGGCGAGGGGCAGGAGACCCUCACUUUUGAGACUGCCAUGGCAACCAGUCUGGGACGUGCCAAUGCCAUAAGCUCCGCUCCUCAGCUCAGACACUCCUGGCAGGUUCCUAACGGCCAUUUCCGGAAGCACUUGGGCCAGGCUAGCCCGGCUGGUGCCGGCGAGCUGUUAAGUGACACAGACGAGGACGACCGCUGCUAAAACCCAGAGAGGACGACGGGUAAGAGGAUGCACAGAACGACAGGGCACCUCAGAGCAGCACCACCACAAGGCUUUAGCUCCUCUGUGGCUCUGAGAACUUGUAGCAUAACAGGCAGAACUGAACACCACUGCUAUUUAUCUGGAUACUUUGGUGUCUGUCUGCAACGUGUCCUUGUGUGUGUGUUUGCUGUAGCUGGAGGGAGGCUGCGUAUGUGGACAUGGAUGUUUGUUUACGUGUGUGCGCUCUCAACAGAGAAAAUUUGCCAAAUCAAGAAAACAGCAGACUGUACUAUAAGUAGCUCACUGCAGGCAAACCAACAUGUUGCCAAGCCUUUCCACACAAGUAGGUGUUUUGAUUGUUAUUUGAACAAAAUAUGUCAAGAUGUUGAAUCCCAGAAACUGAUUUAAGUGCAUUUUGUGUAGGUGAACAUAGAGGUAGCAUGUUAAAAAUGUAAUAUGAUGAAUGUAUUUUAGCUUUUGGUUCUAAUGUUCAGGUCAUUUGAGAAGGUUGCUGUUAGUCUUUGCUGUGCAUAGUUGUAAGGGGAGCAAUGAAACGGAGGGUUGAUACAGACAGAUUUUGGCAGAAUAUAAACAGUAAUCCACCAUUACAAACAGUUCUUGUUUACAAAAAGGGUGUCCACAUGGUUUAUGGGCAUUACACAGUCACUAAUCGAUGAGUACAAACCUUAACCUGAACUGAACUUCUAGUGCUUGCUGAUUUAGUUAUUUUUCUUCCCUAUCUGAUAAUAAUGACAAUGUACAUUCAUGUGGAGCAGCACAGUGUAGGUUUACAGUAUGUUGGAUCUGUGGUGUGAAAAAAGAGGAGGAUCUUUUACAGCAGGAACAGAUAACAGAAAAAGAGAUUUUUUUUGUCUCAGGAUAUUGGACCAUUGGAUUUAUAAUGUAAUGUAUUAUCCUCUGAAAGGUUGAGCUGAAUAUUUUGGACCCAAAAUGAAGUAAAAAAGACUAGAAGAGCCUUCAAUCAGCAUGAUGUCCAGUAUGACAAGACCAUCACAAGGACCCUGUGGACUACGUCUGCUCUGUUCAUGGACCGUAAUUGCUCUGGCCUGAGAAACAGCCAUCUGUGGGUUGGACAGCCUGGGUAUUGUUACUAUGUUAGGGCAAAUGGAUGUUUAUUCUGCACACUUCUGUGCUGGAUAACAGCUGUCGACAUUGAGUCAGAGAGGUGACUAAAGCCAUUUUCUUCCUGUACAUAGAGCCGAGGACAUAUCUUCUCCAGGAUAUGUUGCCUUCUCUCAUGUGACAAUGAAAGUGACGAGAAAUUAAAUGUCCUUUUUACAUGUGAUGCAAAUGAUUUCCGCAACACGGAUGCUCUUACAAAAGAGGAAUCACAAGCACAGUAUGGUUUGUUUCUGUGUUAACUCCCUCAUUCUUUCCCUCACAUCAAAUUAAGUCUAUGUUCUGGUCAGUAGAAAUAAGCAUUACUGUAUUUUCUGUGCUCCAGAGUCAUUUCCACAUGCAUGAUGAUCAUGGGAGAUGUUUAUGAGAGAGAUUUGUUUCAGAGCUGCCUAAUUGUUCUUAUUUUAAUGUAUUCAUGAUGUUAGAUAGGAUUUAAAAACACUUAUAUCAGGCAGAAAAAUGUUAAUGCUUUUUUUUUCUUUGUCCCGGCAUUCACUGUCGAUAUCUUUGAACAUUCCGACACUUUAGACCAUUUCUUGUUCCCCCUAAGUAAGAUGUAUAUUGAUAUCAUGUGCUGUUGUGUUGCUGUAAUAUGUUGAGUUUGACAUGUUUCUGAAAUGUGAACACAGGAUAUUUCUGGAAUGAGAUUCCACUGCCUAGAAGAGGCGCUACACCUGCUGGAGUCCCAAACAGAAAGUCCUGGACUGAAAAGAUGUAUCUUAGCAAAGAAACAAGGUUUGGCUUAUACAGUAUACAGGUUAGGUGAAGGCUUCAGCCUGUCGUUUAUAGGACCACGCUUAACAUGUACAGUGCAGCCUAGGACUUGAUCUUGAUGUCCGUCUGUACAGAACAGCCUAAUCUGUGCCUGGGGAAACUUGUCCAAAGAGUUCCCCAUCAAGCCUGGAUUUCCUAGAUAGAGAAGCUUUCUGGUAAAUAUGUAGUAUAAACUGUACAAAAUAAAUCCAUGUUUAAUUUAUUGCACUGUUAAUAUUUUAUUUCAAUCAUGAUGCCUGUCUAUGACUUUAACAAAAGAAAAGUGUUUACACAUCUGUUUAAAGGACCAUUAAAGAGA